AGAUAGCCACUUGUGUAUGAUUACAAGAGCUUAGUGUCAACGAUGAUACAGUUUUAUUUUAAAUUCGAAUAACACAUCAAAGGGCGAAUCGCAAUGAGGCAAGUACUGUGUUUCGUUGCAAUAGUUGUUCACAUACAAUGUACAGUCACACUUGAUUUGAGUUCAUCUAACAAAGAUGUUGUUUGGACAGUCGAGAAUAAAAAUAAAUCGAUCGCGGUGCCGGGUACAGUUCCCGGGGGAAUUUAUACCGACCUCCAGAAAGCUAAAAUAAUUGGCGACGUUUUAGAAGGGUUUAAUGACGUUCUAACGCGAUGGGUUGCUUACGAUUCUUGGAGUUACAAAAGCAAAUUUAAGCUCAAACCAAAACAUUUGAAAUAUGCAAUUUCUAACUUGGUCCUCGAAGGCGUGGACACUGUUGCUUUCUUGGAAUUUAACGGUAACCCAAUUGGCUGGACUAAUAACAUGUUCGUAAGAUAUGUUUUCGACAUCCGACAAUACCUCAAGGUUGGAGAAAACGAAUUGGUCGUAAAUUUUGUUUCACCUGUGGAAGCAGCGAAGGCGCGUUCUGAUAAACACUUCACAGCUCCAAAUUGUGUUCCCUCGGUUUAUAAUGGUGAAUGUCACGUAAACCAACUCAGAAAGAUGCAAGCGUCUUUUAGUUGGGAUUGGGGCCCAGCCUUCCCUUCUGUUGGACUAUGGAAAAAUGCUUCAAUCGAAUUUCACAAUGGAGCUUUGAUAAGGACUGUAAGAACGUUUACGGAGAAAGGCGAAUCGCACUGGUCUCUAAGAAUUAUUGCUAAUUUGGAAAGUGGAUUACCACGAUCGGAAAUAAAAGGUUAUUUGAGCGCAACACUCUCUGUGAAUGCACACCAGUCGCUGACAGUGGGGAGGAUGUUGGAUAUGCAAGCGGGUGAAGACGGCGCAGCUGACGCUGAGAUAAAUAUGACGAUUAGUGCGAAUGUUGUGUCGUUGUGGUGGCCCAACGGUUUUGGAGAGCAAGCGUUAUACGAUUUGAAUGUAUUUUUUUCAAAUGAUGCAGAAAAUGGAGAAAUGUCACAUAAACUCUUGAAGAUUGGUUUUCGUACUAUUGAGCUAGUUGAACAAGAUGCCUAUACUAUUUUUGGUAACAAGACAGCAGGCCAAGGUUUAACAUUCUAUUUUAAAGUGAAUGGAUAUCCUAUAUUUAUGAAAGGUUCGAAUUGGAUACCGGCGAAUAUUCUACCGGAACUGGGUACUGAUAAAAACACUGUUGAUAAUUUGCUGAUUGCGGCGCGAGACGCCCAUAUGGCGAUGCUUCGAGUGUGGGGCGGCGGGGUGUAUGAGUCCGACUACUUCUACCAAAAAUGUGACGAACUUGGCAUACUUAUCUGGCAAGAUUUUCUUUUCGCCUGCUCCAUGUAUCCUGCUGACAUGGAUUUUCUGGAAAGCGUAAUGACUGAAGUAGAGCAACAAGUGAAGCGUCUUCAAUAUCACCCAUCCAUUGCUGUUUGGGCUGGAAACAACGAAAACGAAGUUGCCCUGAGAGGUAACUGGUACAUGACACAAACGCAGUUCGAUAGAUAUAAACAGGAGUACAUCAAGUUAUAUGUUGAUACCAUUAAGCCAAUUGUUGAGAGUUAUGAUCCGAGUCGACGCUAUCUCGUUUCAAGUCCGUCAAAUGGAAAAAAAUCAGAAGAAGACGGUUAUAUAGCCCAAAACCCAUAUGACCCCCACUAUGGCGAUACACAUUAUUACAACUACCUGUCUGAUAACUGGGAUGCUAAUAUCUAUCCUUAUACAAGAUUCGCUUCUGAAUAUGGAUUCCAGUCCUUCCCAUCUCUUAAAACAAUGCAAACUGCUACCAAUAAUACUGAGGAUUUCAGUUUAUACAGCAAAUAUUCGAAACACAGGCAACACAGCCCCAAUGGUAACACUAACAUACGGCUUCAAAUUAGAAAGCACCUUAAACUAGAUAGUGGCGAUAAAAAUUAUUUUGAAAAGUUUGUUUUUUAUAGCCAGAUAACUCAAGCUAUGGCAAUGAAAACGGAAACAGAAUUUUACAGGCAAAGUCAGGCAGAUUGGUACACGAUGGGUGCUUUGUAUUGGCAAUUAAAUGACGUUUGGCAAGCACCAUCAUGGUCAGGGAUCGAAUAUGGCGGGAAGUGGAAAAUGUUACAUUAUUUUGCGAAAAGAUUUUUUGCACCUGUCCUCAUUUCCCCACGCUUGAAGUUAACAGGAGAUGUUGACGUGUAUCUGAUAAACGACAGAUUUGUACCAAUCAUCGACGCAAACAUCAUUGUGGAUGUAUUCAAUUGGACCAGCCUAACUCCAGUCUCGACAAAGUCAUAUCCAGCAAAUGUCAAUCCGUUGAGUAGUAAGAAACAAGGCAGUAUUGUAAUAUGGGACAAAGACAAGAAAGAUGAGUUAUUUUUAAGGUUUUCGCUAGAGUAUGACGGCGUUACAUCGUCUCCGGAAAAUUUCAUUUUCCCGGUAGCUUUGAAGUCGGUGAAAGGAUUGGGAAAGCCAAACAUUCAGAUAAACGUAACAAAAUCCAGUAAAGACCUUCACAACGAGAUGCUAUAUGCAGUAACCGUAACAACGGAUUCUGUUAUAUUAUUCUUGUGGUUGGAAUCAGAUAUAGAUGGGUAUUUCAUCGAUAACGGCCUUAUCGUGACACAGUCAUCUACUGAAGUUGACUUCUUAGCAAAAGUAACAACAAACGCAGAAGAAAUAAAACGAGGAAUCACGUAUCAGUACUAUGUAAAUACAUAAAGCGUUGGAGUUAAAAUUAUAUUGUGUGUAUAUAUUAGCUGUAAAAAAUGUUAUAAGUUUUAUGUUUAACAACCAUUAAACAAGGUA